AUGGAGGUGUCCUUCACCCACCUUGGAAACCACUUGGUUUCCGACUCUGCUGCCGCCAUCAAGGCCGGUGGCUCCGACGAACUUUCCAAUAUCGAUCCCGAUGAAAACCUUCUCUAUGGUGUCUACGGUGGACGUGGUCCCCGCGGCAACGCCAGACGCCGCCACGAUGACGACGACAACGAAACCGAGGUCCUCGACGACGAUGACGAUGAGAGUUUGGCCAGCGUUCCAGUCGACGGCAUCAAGAGCCUCAAGCUGGAUGCCCCCGUGGAGGAGAAGGAACUGCCUCCCCACGCUUGUGCCUACUGUGGCAUCCACUCGCCCUCUAGCGUCGUCAAGUGCCUUAGCUGCAACAAGUGGUUCUGCAGCGCUAAAGGAAGCGCCUUCUCGUCCCAUAUUGUCAACCAUCUCGUUCGAGCCCGUCACAAGGAAGUUCAGCUUCACCCCGAGUCCUCCCUCGGCGAUACCGUCCUCGAAUGCUACAACUGCGGCACCAAAAAUGUUUUCAUCCUCGGUUUUAUCCCUGCCAAGUCAGACACAGUUGUGGUCCUUCUUUGCCGCCAGCCGUGUGGUGCUAGUACCUCGACAAAGGAUAUGAGCUGGGAUAUUUCUAGGUGGCAACCCUUGAUCGAGGACAGGGCGUUCCUCAGCUGGCUCGUUACCCCUCCCACGGAUGCUGAGCAGCUUCGUGCUCGCCAUCUUACGCCGCCCAUGAUUGCCAAGCUCGAGGAAAUGUGGAAGGAGGCACCGAACGCGACUGUUGCCGAUCUCGAAAAGAGUGCUGGAGUUGAUGAUGAUCCUCACCCGGUCUUGCUUAAGUACGACGACCCCUAUCAUUAUCAGAACAUCUUCGGCCCUCUCGUCAAGAUGGAAUCCGAUUACGACAAGAAGCUGAAGGAGGCACAGUCCGAGGAUGGCCUUCAGGUCCGCUGGCAUCUUGGUCUCAACAGCAAACAUGUUGCCAGCUUCAUCCUUCCCAAGAUCGAGUCCGGUGAUGUUAAGCUGGCUGUUGGCGAUGAGAUGCGUCUCAAGUACAAGGGAGAGCUGCGACCGCCUUGGGAGGGUGUUGGAUAUGUCAUCAAGAUUCCCAACAACCAGUCCGAUGAGGUCGAGGUGGAACUUCGGAAGUCUGCCAAUGACAAGUCCGUCCCGACAGAGUGCACACACAACUUCUCGGCUGACUAUGUGUGGAAGGCGACUUCCUACGACCGCAUGCAGCUGGCCAUGAAGACUUUUGCCGUCGAUGAGAUGAGUGUUUCUGGUUACAUCUUCCACAAGCUGCUAGGACACGAAGUUCAGGUUGCCCCGACUAAGAUUACGAUGCCCAAGAAGUUUCACGUUCCUGGUCUCCCUGAGCUCAAUGCCAGCCAAAUUGCCGCCAUCAAGCAGGUCUUGUCCAACCCUCUGAGUCUUAUCCAGGGUCCUCCGGGAACUGGCAAGACCGUCACUUCGGCCACCAUCAUCUACCAUCUUGCCAAGAUGAGCAACAGCCAAGUUCUCGUUUGCGCCCCAUCCAACGUUGCUGUGGACCAGCUCUGUGAGAGGAUCCACAGAACCGGCCUGAAGGUCGUUCGCUUGACCGCCAAGUCCCGUGAGGAUGUCGAAUCCUCCGUCAGCUUCCUGGCUCUCCACGAGCAAGUUCGCAUGAAUACUACCAACAAGGAACUUGAUGGUCUCGUCAAGCUCAAGACCGAGACCGGCGAGCUGUCUUCUCAGGAUGAAAAGAGGUUCAAGCAGCUGACGCGCCAGGCUGAGCUGUGCUGCACUUGUGUUGAUCCGCGACUUUCUAAGAUGAAGUUCCGCAAUUCUGCCGAACCCGAGUGCAUGAUUCCGCUGCAAGUUGUCUUGCAGCUUGGCCCUGUCAUCAUGAACAAGAAGGCUGCCAAGGCCGGCCUUAACCAGUUGGUCAAGCUUCAGUUUACCCCCAUUCGCUUGAAGGUCCAGUAUCGUAUGCAUCCUUGCCUCUCCGAGUUCCCCUCCAAUAUGUUCUACGAAGGAUCGUUGCAAAACGGCGUCACCGCCGCCGAGAGACUCCGCAAGGAUGUUGAUUUCCCCUGGCCGACUCCCAUGAUGUUCUGGUCAAACUUGGGCAACGAAGAAAUCUCGGCAUCAGGCACGUCGUACCUCAACCGGACUGAGGCCGCCAACGUCGAGAAGAUUGCUGGUGUCAAGCCUGCCGACAUCGGUGUCAUUACACCGUACGAGGGUCAGCGUAGCUACAUCAACACCGGCACGUUCAAGAAGGAAUCCUACAGGGAAGUUGAAGUCGCCUCCGGCCGAGAGAAGGAUUUCAUCAACCAAGGAAUUGGUUUCCUUUCGGAUCCCCGUCGUCUCAACGUCGCCCUCACUCUGAUUAUCGGUAACCCCAAGGUUCUGUGCAAACAUGAACUCUGGCACCAUCUUCUCGACAAGAAGUGUCUCGUCGAAGGCCCCUUGACGAAUCUUCAGCCUUCGCUUCUGCAACCUCGUCAAGCCUACCGGCCGCAGCGCAGCCACACCCAACAUGCUGCCAGCGGCUUCUCUAAUGGCCGGGAUUACGAGACUGGUUCUAUGGUUUCCUCCGCCCUGGGAGGUGCCGGUUUGAGCUCUGCUUACCCCACAAUGUUCUCGAACUUCCACCCUGAGGCGUGGCCUGGUCUGCCGGGUGCUGGUCCCAAUGGACGCCCGGGCGCCAAGGGCCGUGGUCGUGCGACAGAGAGCGAGAGCGUCGCCAACAGCGAGUUCACUGAUGCCACUUCCAGUGGUAUCGGACAGGGCGGCGCGAGUCUCGGUGCUGGCCUUAGCGAGGCCAUCGGAUCUGCCCGCCCUACUUCCUACAGCCAGAGCGAUCGCCUCAAGCACAAUGGUCGCAUGGGUGUCGGCAACGGAUAUCGCCGUUACGAUGACGACGAGAAGAGCAUCGGGACAGGUUUCGAUUGA